AUGACGGGACCCAACCUUCACCUGGAUAGCACCGUCGGGUGUUUCUUCAUCGGCAUGGUCUUUGCUGUAAUUUUAUAUGGUUGUACGUGUGCUCAGGUGUUGUAUUAUUUCUCGCAGUACCCGGAGGACCGAGCAAAAAUGAAGCUCUUCUCUGUUAUGGUUGUAGUUUCAUUUCUGACGGACGUGGCGUUCACGCAUCUAACCUGGGACGUCGUUAGGGCUCUCGACACCGCUACGACAGUAACACAUGUUGACACAAUGUGGGAGUUCCUGCUCCGAGGGCACGGGAACCCAUCAGCUCUCACAGUGAUGCCGAUUGCUGGACCUAUCGAAUGGUUUCUUGCAGCUACCAUCGUCGUCAUCGUGCAGAUGUAUUAUAUAUUCACUAUCUGGAAGCUCGUCGGAGAGCGCUGGUUCGGAUUGCCUCUCGCGGCAGUCGUGACCGUGUUGUCCCUGCUGUCAUACGCGUUCGGCAUCCUGGAUACCCGCUUGAUCAUUGAGCACCCCGAGCUUCCCGACGUCUUCAUGAGCACGAAAGCCAAGACUGCAUCCUUCGUACAGCCACUGCUCGCCGCCAUCGCCGACAUCUAUAUUACCGUCGCGCUGUCACUCAUACUGCGGCGUGAGAGAAGUGCGUUCAAACGGACAUCGUCAAUCCUCCGAAAGCUGACUGUCUAUAUCAUCAACCGUGGCGUCCUUACUGCGGUCCUGCAGAGCCUUCAAGCCAUCUUGUUCGCGUCGUACCGCUCGGGCGGCUUUUACUGGUCCCUUUUUGCCUUCCCGGGGACGAGGGUGUACAUCGUAUCGACGCUUGCUGUGAUAAACGCCCGAUCUUCCAAUCAGCCCAGUUUAGACAUGUAUCGCUCUACAGGAGAACACUAUACGUCCGACAUGCAGCUCGAAGGUGCUAGAGCACCGCGGAUGUAUUCUCGGUAUAUGUACCAAGAGCAGCCUACCACGCCUGUGUCUGGCACUGGCACAUCAUCUAUCAUGCUCACCACGGAGGUCGUGCAGCGGAUAGGCUGAGACGUUGUCAUCGUGCACUAGCUGCCGUAGGCCAGGUAUUUCAGUCUUGUAUUUGAUAGCGCGUUUCCAGAGACACCAUUGUAUCCAAAGUACGAAUACAUUCCAUCUCGCU